CGAUGGCGCCGCGGCCCCGGUGCCGGUAGCGCCAUGGGCCCGGGCGGGCCGCGGGGCUGGGCGCUGCUGGCGGCGCUGGGCGCGCUGGGCCUCGGCCUGCGGGCGGCGGCGGCGAUGGCGGCGGGCGAGGAGCGGCGCUCGGCGAGCCCCACGCAGGCCACGCCGUGCUGGCGGGUGGAGGACUUCGUGGUGGCGCAGGAGUGCGGCCGCUGCUCCAGCUUCCAGGCGAAGACGGUCCCGGAGUGCGGCCCCACCGGCUUCGUGGAGCGCAUCAGCUGCGCCGCCUCCAAGCGGGACGAGUUCAAGAGCUGCCGCUCGGCGGUGAUGGAGGCGCACGUCUUCUGGAGGUUCGUGGGCACCAUGAUGUGCGUGGCGGCCGUCUUCGCCGUGCUGGUGGUGUGCCGCCAGCGCGUGCUGGACAGGAAGGCGCUGGAGAAGGUGCGCAAGCAGAUCGAGUCCAUCUAGCGCCCGCGGGGCACCUGGCACGGCGGCAGCGCCCCCGCCGCGGGGACUCGGCUCCGCUGCCGCUCCCGAAGCAGCCGGGAGGAGGAGGAACGAGCGCCCGCGGGACGCCUGCCCCGCUCUGCCGUGACCCCACGGGCGCUGCGGCCCACCGGGGGCUGCCCGGUGUCCCGCGGGGUCCCCGUGGCGAAUCGCGCUGCGCGGGGUGCCUGGGGAGCCCGGUGCCCCAGGGGACGCCGCAGCCGCCUGCUCCAAGCUGGUGGCGUGCAAUAAACCCCGGUCGUUAUCA